AUGUUUAAAUAUUAUAUAUAUUUAUUAUUUGUAAUAUUUUAUAUUGGUAUAAUCUUUGGACAAGAUUCACAAGAUGGAAAAGAAUUAUCAAUGAAAGGAUUAAAGAUUGAUGGUCUAAAGAUUGUCAAUGAAGAUGGAAAAAAUAUUUUUAUUCGAGGUGUCAAUCGUCCUGGCACAGAAUACAGUUGCGUGCAACACAAGAAAAUCUUUGACGGUCCCUUUGACGCCCACUCGGUUUCCGAGAUGAAGAAUUGGAACAUCAAUGCAGUCCGUGUGCCAUUGAAUGAAGACUGUUGGCUUGGAACCAAUGGGCCAGAGACUGAAUACUUUGGUGACGCCUACCGAAAAGCAAUCAUCAACUGGGUGACGUUGCUCACUCACCACAACCUCGCCGUCAUUAUCGAUCUCCAUUGGACCGGUGCCAAUGGUGGAAAGUCCAAGGCUAUCAAACAAGAAAUCAUGCCAAACAAAUUAAACUCUCCACGAUUCUGGAAAUCGGUUGCCGCCUCUUUCAAAGACAACUCUGGUGUCAUUUUCGAUCUCUUUAACGAGCCAUACCCAUAUGAUGAUGGAAAGGGUUCAAAAAUCGGUUGGGAGUCACCCGCCGCUUGGGAAUGUUGGAGAGAUGGAGUCAAUUGUGGAAAGGAUGUCAAUUUUGAACCAGUUGGUAUGCAAGGUCUUGUUGAUGUUGUUCGUGAAGCUGGUGCUUCCAAUAUCAUCCUUACUGGUGGUGUUUCUUAUUCUACCUCUUUAACUUUAUUUAAUCAAUAUGCUCCAGAAGAUCCAUUAAAUAAUUUAGGAGCAUCAUUACAUUCAUAUGAUUUUAACAAAUGUAGAUCAAAAGGAUGUUGGGAUAGAUAUUUAAAACCAGUACUUGAAUCACAUGUAAUUGUUGCCACGGAGACUGGACAACGUGAUUGUAAAAAUGACUAUAUCCGUGACUUUUUAACAUAUUGCGAUCAAAACAACAUUGGUUAUUUGGCAUGGUCAUGGCUAAAGGCUGGUUGCGAAGGUCCAGCUUUGAUUACAGAGUAUGAUGGCCAUCCAACUGGUUUUGGUAGAGGAUACCGUGAACACUUGUUGUCCAUUGCCAAUGGUGAGAAGCCAUUUAUCACAGACACCUUUGAUAUUUACAAUGACCGUUUGACCUAUCGUUUUGAAGAUUUUUCUGGAAACACCACUGUCCAUCGUUUCGACGACUCUUCUGUCGCACAUGAAGGCAAAUAUUCCAUCUACUAUGAACCACUUGCCAACGCUGCCCUCUAUUUCCGUUGUUGGGGUUGCAUCGACCCAUCAAUCCACAAGACCAUCGAACUCUACAUCAACGGUGGACAACAAGGUGGUCAACAAGUCAAAAUCGAGUUGUUACAUUUGGACGAAGCAGAGCAAAGUAGCAAGGUUAUCCAAUCAUACCAAAUCCGCGACAUCAUUGACGGUGGAGAAAUUCAAGCCAACACUUGGGUAAAGGCUGUCAUUGAUCUAGAAGGUCUUCCACAAGAUGUCGUCUAUGAUGGUAUUUGGGUCAACCCAACCGAAGGUGAUCAAUCUCCAAUAUUCUGA